UGCACAACCGGUCUUGUUUUGCAAUUUUACACCUCUGAAGAAAAAUGAAUUUUUUGACUUUGAGAAUUCGUUUGCCACUGUUCUCAGAGGCAUUAACAUGUAAAUGUAUAGGGAAGCAGUUUUCAACAUGUGGUGUUCUUGGUUCUGGUGAAAAUAAAGACUAUGUAAUAAACCCAGACUUUGUUAAUAGAAACCCAAGGAACCUUGAGCAGAUGGCAUUAGCAAGGAAAAGACAGGGCUGGAAAUUCCAAAGUCCAACAAGAGAAUAUUACAACAAGUUAGUGUUUGAUAAAACUUCUAAACAUACCUCAGGAAAAGUGGUCCAUUGGACUGGUGACACAGUUGUUUCAGCUUCAACUAAAGAAUGGGCCAUCAGGAGACAUUUGUAUAGUGUAAAAGAUGUAUCUGCAGCACAGAAUAUUGGUUCUAUUUUAGCACAGAGAUGUUUAGAAGCUGGGGUCUCCUGUGUUUUCUUGGGUGAAAAAGAAAAUUUUACAUCGGAAGCAGGCAUGUCCUUUCUGAAGGCUGUAGAAGUAACAUUGUUUUUAUUUCAGGGCAUGUCCUUUCUGAAGGCAGUAGAAGAAGGGUGUAUUAGUCUUCAGGAACCAGAAGUCAUAGAAGCAGAGUAUAAGCCUGGAAUUGAUUAUGAUGGACCAAAGAGACUUGGAGGAGAAGACAAAGAUACACCAAUGAAAGAUGACUAUCAGUUCUGAAAUAACCAAUGAAUUAGGAGAAAUGUUUUUAAUUAACUAAUGAAAGAGGUGGAUUUUUUCAUUAACCAAUGAAAGCACGCUAGCUAUGAGUUUGAAUUAACCAAUGACUGAGGGCUAUCAGUUAUCUUGUUUUUGUCUGAACAAGCAGUUAUAAUUAUUUUUUCAAAAGUAUUAGUUAUAAUUCUUUACUAAGAACAAUCAUUAUAAUGAAAAUAAAAAUAAAAAACAUCA